AUGUCUAAUACGGACCUGACCCAACUCGGUGCCAAACCGAAAGCGCCACGCGUCCCCCUGAAGUGGGAUCAUAGCGCUACAGCUAUCUCGGAAACAACCACAUUAGCUAUCGAAAGAUCUCGCGCGAUUCGUGAUAAGAUCGCCGCCCUACCUCGUUCCUCGUGCACCUUCGAAAAUGUCUUCCUUGAACUCGCCAAGGAAGAAUCUGAGCUCGAAAACACUACUGGCCCUCUUACGUUCUACCAGUACGUUUCUACUCAAGAUGAGCUCCGCAAUGCCGCCAAUACCGCCGAGCAACGCCUGAAUGAAUAUGGCAUUGAGGCAUCAAUGCGAAUUGAUGUGUUCGAGGCUCUUAAAGCCGCUAAGGCGAACAUUGACAAAGAGGAGUUGAAGCUUGCACCUGAGGAGAACCGUUUGGUGGAGAAGCUACUCCUAGAUGGCAAGAGAAAUGGGCUCGACCUCCCCGAAGAAACAAGGAAUCAGGUUGCCACGCUUAAGAAAGAGUUGUCGAAUACGUGCACCGAAUUUUCGAAAAAUUUCAAUGAGGAGAAAGGCACCAUCACAUUCACGAAAGAGAAACUCAAGGGAGUACCGGAGGAUGUGAUCAACGGUUAUGGAAAGAAGGAUGAUGAGUAUGUCGUAACAUUCAAGACUCCCGAUCUGAUGCCCGUCCUAAAGCAUGCACAAGACCCAGAAACGCGUAAAGAAAUACUCCAAGCCUCUGAAAGCAAGCUUGCGAUCAACGUGCCACUACUGACCAAGGCAAUUGAUCUCCGCCGAAGGCUCGCUAAGUUAAUGAACUACAAAACGUGGGCGGAUUAUGUCGAGGAAGAUAAAAUGAUCAAGACUGGAAAGGCCGUCGAAGAAUUUUUGGCGGAUCUCCGCAAGAAACUGACUCCGAUUGGUCUCAAAGAACGCGAUGAGCUUCUUAAGAUCAAGAAGGAGCAGCACGAGAGAUACGGAUACCCUUUUGACAACGAGUUCUACAUUUGCUACUACGAUAAUGCGUUUAUUGAGAAAUUCUUGGAUUUGGAUGAUAAUUUUAUCAAGGAGUAUUUCCCGGUCGAAGUUGUCGUCCCCGCCAUCCUCGAAAUCUACCAGGAAUUGCUUGGUGUUAAGUUUCGAGUAAGCCCUGAGAAGGUUGGAACUUGGCAUCCUGAUGUCCAGCACUUUGAGGUCUGGGAUGCUGAUGCAACAACCGAGAAGGACUUUUUGGGCGAUGUUUACCUUGAUUUGUAUCCUCGAGAGAAUAAGUAUAGUCACGCUGCAGUAUGGGGACUUAUCCAAGGCUUUUUGAAGCAAGAUGGCUUACGCCAAUAUCCUGUCGCUUGCAUGGUUGCUAAUCUUGCUAAACCGACUCCUAGCCGUCCUGCCUUGAUGCGACAUGACGAUGUGGUGACGUAUUUCCAUGAAAUGGGUCACGUAUUCCAUGGCUUGCUCAGUCGUACUACAUUUGGUCGAUUCCAUGGAACAAGCGUCGCGAGAGAUUUUGUCGAGGCUCCAUCACAGAUGUUGGAGAAUUGGUGUUGGGAGCCUUCGGUUCUUAGGCGUGUCUCCAGCCACUACGAGACUAAGCAGCCAUUACCGGAUGACCUAAUCGAGAAGCUUAUCAAAAGCCGUUAUGUCAAUAUCGGACUGUUCUCAUUACGACAAUUGUUCUUCGGCACGUUCGACAUCAAAGUCCACACCGACACCACAGGGGGGUCCCGCUUAGAAAUACAAGACUACAGUAAGUUCUGGUGUGACCUUCGGGAACAGGUGUCGCUUGUCAAGACGGGCGAUAAAAUUACUCCUGGCCAGGGCUCAUUUGGGCAUAUCACUGGAGGAUACGAUGCCGGAUACUACGGAUAUUUGUACUCUCAGGUAUUCUCCGCUGAUAUGUAUGAGACUGUGUUCAAGAAGGAUCCGAUGAGUGCCGAGUCUGGCAAAAGGUAUCGACAUGAGAUCCUACUUCCUGGUGGCAGCCGAGAUGAGAUGGAUUCACUCAAGGCUUUCUUGGGACGUGAACCCAACUCGGAUGCUUUCUUGAAGAGUAUAUUGGGCACUCCCAAUGCCAACCCUUCGGCUGCUAAUCUGUAG